AUGUCGCAUAAUAUAAAAAUUCUACCCGGUGCUACUGUUUGCGAAGAUUGUACGUUAGAAGGCGAUAUUACUAUAGGAGGAGGAACAGUGAUUCAUCCGAGAGUUACUAUUAUUGCAGAGGGUGGACCUAUCAUAAUAGCAGAAUAUUGUUUAUUUGAAGAAUAUUCCACAAUAAUUCAUAAGAAAAGUGAUAAGCAAGAGAAUCCUCCAAAACCACUUUUUAUUGGGGCCCACAAUGUCUUUGAAGUAGGAUGUAAGCUUGAAUCACCAUGUGGCCAUAUAGGAGAAAGCAAUGUAUUUGAAUGCAGAUCAUUUGUUGGUGUUGAUGUUAAGAUUGGCAGUGGAUGUGUAAUUGGUGCAGCUUGCAGUUUAAAUGCACCACAAACUUUGGCUGACAAUACUGUUAUAUGGGGUUCUGAACACCAUAACAGGGAAGCAUUAGAGAAACAACCAUCACAGAUGCUUCAGUUGGACUUUUUGAGUAAAGUGAUGCCUAAUUAUCAUAGACUUAGGAAACCUAAUGUACAUAAGAGGCAGACUUCUAGACAGUCUCAAGAACCAAUAAAAGCUUAA